AUGGACCAACUGCUACCGGUGCUGCUGCUGCUUCUGCCAGUGCUGGUGCUGGUGCUGGUGGUCGGAGGUGCCAACUCCUAUACGGUUCCUCGCGAUACCGACAUCCUGCUGGCGGAUGGAUUCUUCAAGCGUAUGCGGGACCUGUUUGCUGAGCGCGCGUACGAAGAUGCGCUCGGUGCUGGCGGACCCGAAAUGGCAGACGAAGCGCCGCCAUUGGCACCGGUCGACACCUCGCAUCUUGACAGUCCACCAAAGCCGAAGCUGGUAGAGGACUGGCCGAAGGUGAAGCACUCCUUCGGGCAGGUAACGGCCGUCACUAUCGAUCUGCAAGGCAAUCCGGUCAUCUUCCACCGUGGCAGCCGCACAUGGACAAUGGAGAGCUUCAACGAUAGCCACCACUAUCAACACAUCGCCGAAGGACCGAUCCCGGAAAACACGAUCGCAACUCUCGCAGCCUCGGACGGUGCCGUCCUCGAGGAGCGUGGUGCCGGCAUUUUCUACAUGCCACACGGACUAACGAUCGAUCACAAUGGGAACAUGUGGCUAACGGAUGUGGCGUUACAUCAGGUGUUCAAGUUUAUGCCCGGCCGGGACUAUCCCGCCAUUACGCUCGGGCACCGUUUUGAGCCCGGCUCGUCCAAAAGCCACCUCUGCAAACCAACGUCAGUCGCUAUUGCCAGUACGGGUGAAAUUUUCGUUGCCGACGGGUACUGCAACAGUCGGCUGCUAAAGUUCAACGCUGCCGGACGCUUAAUCCGUACCAUCCCACAACCUCCCGAGUUCCUUUCGCUACAAACUCCGCACGGUUUGACACUGCUCGAACAUCUCGAUAUGGUGUGUGUGGCCGAUCGGGAAAAUAUGCGUGUCGUCUGUCCACGGGCCGGUCUGCAGACAUCGUACGGCGAAGGCACACAGGCAGCCACGAUCCAGGAGCCAGAUUUGGGACGCGUGUUCGAUGUGGCCGCAUACGGUGAUUUGGUGUACGCAGUAAAUGGACCCACCUCGCCCAUGAUUCCGGUGCGCGGAUUUACGAUCGAUCCACGAUCGGAAACGAUCAUCGAUCAUUGGGGCAAGUUUGAGAAUCCGCACUCGAUCACCUUCUGCCCGAACGGAUCGGCCAUGUACGUGACCGAGAUCGGGCCGAAUCGUGUGUGGAAGUUUACCCUCACGAUGUAAG